AUCCCGCCUGCCUCCCAGCUGCGUCCGCCGCUGUCCUGUCUGGCCGCCCGGUGUCUGCUCCGCCGCUCCGCGCUCUGCGGCGCUCCCACCCCGACCCCGAAGACUCUGCCUCCUCGUUCACCACCCCCGGCUCCCGACACCCCCUCCUCUCCACCCGGUGAAUGCACCAGCGCCGAAAACAUGACGGGCAUCGCCGCCGCUUCUUUCUUCUCUAAUUCCUGCAGGUUCGGGGGCUGCGGUCUCCAGUUCGAGUCUCUCUCCGAGCUCAUCGUCCACAUCGAGGACAAUCACAUCGACACAGAUCCCCGGGUCCUGGAGAAGCAGGAGCAACAGCAGCCCACUUAUCUGGCCCUAAGCUACAUCAACAGGUUCAUGACGGAUGCCGCGCGCCGGGAGCAGGAGACCAUGAAGAAGAAGGCCACGCCCAAACUGUCCCUGUCCAUCACUGGCGGAGUGUCCAGGAACAGCACGGCCACGCCUCCUCGCCACACCAGCGGUAACCUGACACCUCCCGUCACGCCCCCAAUCACCCCCUCCUCCUCCUUCCGCAGCAGCACACCUACAGGCAGUGAGUAUGAUGAGGAGGAGGUAGACUAUGAGGAGUCGGACAGCGAUGAGUCGUGGACCACAGAAAGCGCCAUCAGCUCCGAGUCCAUUCUCAGCUCCAUGUGCAUGAAUGGGGGAGAGGAGAAGCCUUUCGCCUGCCCUGUCCCCGGCUGUAAGAAGAGAUACAAGAAUGUGAACGGUAUCAAGUACCACGCCAAGAAUGGCCACCGCACGCAGAUCCGUGUGAGGAAACCCUUCAAGUGUCGCUGCGGCAAGAGCUACAAGACCUCGCAGGGCCUGAGACACCACACCAUCAACUUCCACCCACCCGUCUCCACUGAGAUCCUGCGCAAGAUUCAAGGCUAGAUCCCCUGGUCACACUAGUCAACUACCCCAAACAUAGCCCUAUCCUGACUUUCCUUAUCUGAUCCCUUUUAUACCUAUGCCACACACUAAAGGAUCAAGUGCAUGCUUUAAGUUGUUUUAAUUUAGUUUUUUUUUUUUUCAUCAUUUUUCUUUGUUUGUUAUAUUAUUUUUUUCUAUCCAUGUUAUAUCACUUGUAUUUUUGAAAAAAAAAAGGUAUCUUUGUAGUAUUUUUAAUGUUGUACAUUUGCACAUUCGUAUAUGCUAUCACGUUACUUUUUUUCUAUUGUUGGACUUACAUAAGGUGCUAACUGUAAAAAACAACAGAAAGAAAAGACAAAAAAACAAAUGUUACGAAAGAAGAGAGGGGAAACGCAAACAGAACAUGUGAAACAGGAAGUGCAACUAAGCCCGGCCCCUUUUGCUGCUCAUCUAUGAGCGCUAUGAAGUUGACAUUAGUGCUGAUCUAAGUUCUGCAGUCACUACACUCCCUUUCUGUUAAAGUUCGCUGAGCUUAGAUCUGUGCCUUCGCAGUAACUUCUGGGGGGUUAAGUGCAAGAGUUAAGUUAUACUUUAAAUAGAUAUAUUGAUAUAAAACAAUAGA